AUGCCGCCAUCAGGGAUAUCAGGGGCCCUUGAUGAUUCCAACUCCCCCAGACUGUUUGUCCAAACUCAGAAUUCCCCCUCUGCCACCUUCUCGUUCUCCACGAAAAUAUAUUUACGAGAAAUUCAUACAUAUUCCGUUUCUAGAACAAGCCUUUUCACGGACGUACGAGGUGCGUUGAGAGUUCUAUUCGCCGUAGACUCCAAACUAAAAACCUGGACCUACCCUUCCUUUUUGGCCACAACCCCUUUUUUCGAACAGAGCACCCCUAUGAUCGUCCAGCCCGAGCCUCCGUCCGAUAGGCAAAGAGAGAACAAUGAAGCUUAUGCCGACGACGACUCGCACGGUUCCGACCGUGAUGCCCCAGCAGAUGAAGAUAUAGAUAUGAUAGAGACUGAACAGAAUGCUGCCGCUGCUGCCUCUACUCAUGGUAGUGAGAUGGACGAAGCGGGUGCAGAAGACGAAGUCGACAAUACUAAUCCUAUAAGUCCGACAUCGUCACCUAAACGGGUUGAUCGAAAGACACCAUCGACUGAAAAGGUGUCGGCUGCCACGCUCCAAGCUCGGGCUCGCCUGAGGACACGUUCCAACCUCAAAAGAAAGGAACAAACGCCAGAAGAUCUAGAGUCUGAAGAGGACGAUGGUAUGGAGCGAAAUUUGGAAUUCUCGGAUUCUGAACAGGAAGGUGAAGACGAGCUCGACUCAGACGCAGAACCAACCAAAGGUUCGCCACGCAAAGCACGAAUGAGCUCUGCUGCUAGUAAAAAGGUUAUCAAGAACGUAAAGGAUCUACCGGUGUAUGCCCAACAUGCCUAUGUGGCUUCUACGUUUGGUCUCCCGAAACUCCCUGUCCCUAUGGUCCUCCUCCCAGGUCUCCGCUCUCGCAAGCCACCCCCAAUACCCGUACCUGAUUUAACGAAAAGGAGUCGGGGAAGACAUGUUUCCGCGGCUGAUGAUGAUGCAGGGCGAAAGCGUUUCGCUCGUGGAGAACACCUCAAACGACACAUCAGGAGUAUACAUACACACGAGAAAC